UUUUUCUUAGCAAGGCACUGACCACAGCUCGCACCUGAAGUUCAAAACUUAUUAAAGAAUUGGACGUUGUGUUUGAUGCAGAGGCAGUGCCUUCUGAGUAUUUAUUUCAGAGGAUUAGCCUUGCUUAGCUGGCGUCUUCAGGCACUUUAAUCUGCAAUGGAAGAUGUGAACAUCUGGCUAUCCUUCUCCAUGAAUGAGAAUCUCAACCAUGAUUUCGCCAUUCGAAGGUUCUGUCCUGCGAGAAUAGAGCAAGAACGAGGAGAUCAGAGCCAAGAUCAUCAAGAAGCACCACCAACAGCACCUGAUGAAACCGAGCUGUCUUCUUCUGAUGCUGCCACCAUAAGCACUCCAUGUCUCGCUUCUUCAGAUGUCGAUGAAUUUGUUGAUAGCUUCAUCAACACCGACCAGUAUGACGAUAAUGAGUAUGCCAAUGAAGACGAUCAAGAACCUCAAGAGAACGAUCAUCAUAAUCAAACUUAUGAUCACAUCAUGAUGAAUAAUGAAGAUGAGGUUGAUCCAUUCUAUAUGAUGAAUGAAGAAGCUUACGGGUAUGUUCCAAUCACAAUGCAGGAAGAAGAAAUGGAGAAGGAGGGGUCCUUUGGUGCAGAAGAGAUGAGCCUUGGUAUGGACAAGGGGCUAGAUUUGGUUCAUAUGCUAUUGGCUUGUGCUGAGGCUGUGAGUUGCAAAGACACUGAGCAGGCAAACUUGCUGCUCAGAAAAAUUUGGACUUUGGCUAGUCCCUGGGGUGACUCAUUACAGAGAGUCGCCUAUUGUUUUGCAGAAGGAUUGAAGUGUAGAUUGUCAUUUCUUCCUCACAAUGUAUCUGCAAAUAAUACAGUAAAAAACGGUACUACUAUAAAUGCCCCUUCGGUAACAAGGGAGAUGAAGUUGGAAGCUUUUCAUCUCCUUUACCAAACUACACCAUGUAUUGCCUUUGGCUACAUGGCUGCAAAUGAAGCUAUAUGCCAAGCAUCACAAGGGAAAAACUCUUUACACAUAAUUGAUCUUGGAAUGGAACAUGCCCUUCAAUGGUCUUCCUUGAUAAGGGCUCUUGCCUCAAGGCCUGAGGGCGCUCCAAGGCUCCGGAUCACAGGGUUAAUCAACUAUGAUGAUGAUGAACUGAAACUUCAAUCAAGCAUGAGUUUGCUUGUGGAGGAAGCAAGUUCCUUUGGAAUAGCACUGGAGUUCCACAUAAUACCAGAGCCAGCAACCCCGUCUCUUCUAACUAAGGAGAAGCUGAACUUGAGAGAAGGAGAAGCCUUGUUUAUUAAUAGCAUCCUGCGCUUGCACAAGUAUGUUAAAGAAAGUAGGGGCUAUCUCAAGGCAAUUCUGCAAUCAAUCAAGAAGUUAAAUCCUGCUGCACUUACUGUUGUAGAGCAAGAUUCAAACCACAAUGGGCCUUUCUUUCUAGGGAGGUUUCUAGAAUCAUUACACUACUACUCUGCCAUUUUUGAUUCACUUGAGGCAAGCAUGCCGAGAAAUAGCCAGCCGAGGUCAAAAAUCGAAAGGUUGUAUUUUGCAGAAGAGAUUCGCAAUAUUGUAGCUUAUGAAGGCCUUAAUAGGAUGGAAAGGCAUGAAAGUGCAGAUCGAUGGCGAAGGCAAUUGGGACGAGCAGGGUUUCAAGUCAUGGCAUUGAAGUGCACAAGUCAAGCUAGAAUGAUGCUCUCUGUUUAUGAUUGUGAUGGAUAUACAUUGUCCAGUGAGAAGGGUUGCCUUCUGCUUGGGUGGAGAGGAAGGUCAAUAAUGAUGGCUUCUGCUUGGCGAGUAGCAGCCCUAUAAUCCAUUCUUGAGAAAUUCUUUGAAAAUCGGAAGAGUAACGCAACCAUUUCAGGCUUGUGAUUUUCAUGAGAUCUAUAUGAUAUAUUUACGUGUUAUUAAUUAUUAGCUUGAUCUAUUUAUCUUUUUAUAUGGAAAUAGGAAAAGAAGGACACAGCAGAAUGAUCGUGUCCUUGUUUAUAACCAUUAUUGUCUCUGCAAUAUAAGACUAGAAUAAAGUCAAAAUUAUGUUCUACCUCGUCAUGAAUCUUUUCACACCUUAAAAAGGUUAAAUUUUGUAAGAAAUGUAAGAGCUAGUUAUUUA